AUGAAUCCCCACAAGAUGAACAAGGUGGACGUCUCGUCCAUGAGCGCCGAGGACCAGAAAGCGUUCAGGAUGUACGGCAAGGUUCCUCAGAAGAGCGUUCUAAGCAAGAUCAACAAGGAACGCAAGUACUUCGAUUCGGGCGACUACAUGAUGUCCAAGGCGGGUGUCUCACCUGCCCAGCCUCUGGGAACCGCCAUCCCCACUCCGGAAGGCCUUCCUCACGCCUCGCCUCCCUCGAACGGACACCUCUCGUCCUCUCCAUCAGGCCAGCCGAUCCCUUUCCCUCUCGGUCAAAGUGGCCAGGAGGCUCUCAUGAACCGCCGCGCGUCGGCCGCUGUCGUCGGCGUCGGCAUGCAGGCCCCUAACGAACCCAUGAUCAUCCCCGGUUCACACCAACGGCGAGGCUCCGAGAGCGGUGCUCGUAUCUCUCCGCCUGGGACGUUGCGCGAGUGCAUGCCUCCGUCGUCCUACCCAAUCCAGCACCACACGUCCUUCGGUUCGUCGCCAGUCAAGACCAGCGCUCUUGCGCGCCGCGUCGACGAGGACAUCGAGAUCUAA